AUGAGCGGCAGUCGUUCGGUAACACCACCCACAAUAGUCCCACGGUUCAUCGACAUCGAGGUCGGUAGUCAUGAAGUCAUUGCUAUUGAUUUGGACAGCCUAGAUCCGGACGCCAGCGACCUCAUCGACCUGUUGAAGGAAAGGCAGUACAGCGUCGGCAUCUGGACCAGAUUAGCAUCCGAGUAUUGGCGACAAGGGUAUCUUGACCAGGCAGAGUCUAUCGCCCGAAACGCUAUCGAAUCACUGAACGCUCAUGGCGAUUUUCCGGACCUGCCACCCGUCUACUGUCUGCUGGCCAACAUUUCUAUUGCACGAGCGGGUCAUGCGCCAAAGCUCAUUCUGGAGAACGCCCACGAAGACAUGAUGACCUCUGAGAAACCAAGGGAGGAGUUUUAUAAGGAAGCUGCGAAUUGGUUCAACCAGGGCGAAAAGAGGGCAGCGGAAUCCGGCGUUGCCGGUACCGCGCUGGCGGUGUUGACCCGAGGUGUGUUGCAAAUGGGUACGAGAAGUAUGGAGGACGCUCUUCGAUCGUUCGAGGGGAUCCUUGCUGAAAAACCGACCCAUGUUAUUGCACUGCUGGGCAAGGCGAAAAUCCUGUAUGCAAGACGGCAGUUCGCUCAGGCUUUGAAAUUGUUCCAGACAGUCCUCAAGUUGAAUCCACGAUGUGUGCCAGACCCUCGCAUCGGCAUCGGUCUCUGCCUCUGGGCGAUGGAUCACAAGGAGAGAGCAAAAGUCGCGUGGCAACGCAGCGUUGAAGUGAACCCCUCGAGCUGGUCUGCGCAACUCUUGCUCGGGCUGGAAGCAUUAAAUGCGAGCAAGAACGAGAACCAGACGGAAGAGGAGCGCACGAACGAGAUCAUGCUCGGCACGCGACUCAUCGAGAGGGCCUUUAACGCGAACCAGCGGAACUCGGCUGCCGCUAAUGCUCUCUCGGAGAUUUUCCUCCAGAGAGGGCAGUAUAAGAGAGCGAUGAAGCUGGCCGAGCGUGCCAUUCAGUUCGCCGAUGUGAAAACGCUAGUGACAGAUGGACACGUUCGAGCGGCGCGUGUGUGCCGCGUCCAGUAUUCAGCAGGAGAUGCUUCAUGGCAUUAUACGCGUGCGAAGGAAGGUUCGCCGCAGAAUGUCCUUGCAAACAUCGGUACGGCGCAGUUACUGCUGAAGAACGACGAGAUACCCGCAGCCAUCCACGCGCUAGACACGCUGCUUCAGCAGACUGGCGCGAAUCGCUCGGUCGAAGUGACCGUCAUGCUUGCAUCUCUCCGUGCACAUCCUCGACCCGGAGUGUCCGCGUCCGACCAGGCACAGGAGAAGGUCCGUGCGCGCGAGCUCUUUGACUACGUCUGCAAGACGCUUCACCUCCCAGAGGACAGCCACUUGCAGUCGAAUGGCAACCCUCAGACGCUCAGCGGCUCUGCUCAAAAGAUCGCGGAGGAUAUGGACAUGCACACCGAGAUCGCACGGUUGUGGCAGGGGGAAAGCAAUGACCGCACGGAGCGCGCUCUCCAGGAGGCGCUACGGAUAAGUGAGGCGACCGGCCAGCCCGACCCGCGACUGGUGAAUAACCUUGCGGCGCUGCAGCACCUGGAGGGCCGUGUCGAUACGGCUCGGGCUAUGUAUGAGACCGCCCUCACGUACGUUGCCGCCCUCUCCCCGGAUGUGGCGGAGGGCAUGUCGACCUCUAUACUCUAUAAUCUUGCUCGGGUAUACGAGGAGGAAGGUAAGACGAUCAUGGCAACAGAGGCAUACGAAAAACUUCUGGACAGACAUCCAGAGUAUGUCGAUGCGAAGCUACGGCAAGCUCAGAUGUUCGCAGACCUCAACCACAACAACGAAGCGCACGACCUUCUCAAGCAGGCGCUCGCGUCUCAACCUAGCAACCUUAACCUUCGCGCAUAUUACACGUACUUCCUCAUCCAAUCUAACCUCCCCAAACCCGCGAAAGACUUCGUCUUCUCGACGCUCAAGGACCACGACAAGCAUGACAUCUACUCAUUAUGCGCCGCUGGGUGGAUCCAGUACCACCAGGCGCGUGAGAGCCGCGACGCGACGUCCAAGGGCGUAGAGGAGCGGCGGCGGGGAUUCCAACGGUCGGCCGAGUUCUAUGAGAAGGCCCUACAUCUUGACCCUAUGUGUGCUGUUGCGGCACAGGGGCUGGCAAUUGUGACCGCGGAAGAUGCGCUGGGAACCCUCGGCGGCAGUCUCGGACCCAUUGGUCUUGACGAGGCACAGAAACGGGUGAAAAACUCACGCGACGCGCUCGACGUAUUUGCCAAGGUCAGGGAGUCCAUCAACGAUGGCAGUGUCUACUUCAAUAUGGGCCACUGUUACUACGCGCGUGACGAGUUUGACCGGGCUAUCGAGAGUUAUGAGACCGCAUCCAAGCGUUUCUACAACGGACAAAAUGUGCCGGUACUACUGUGCCUCUGCCGGUCGUGGUACGCGAAAGCGAACAAGGACCAGUCAUUCAGCGCCAUGACCACGGCUUUGCAAUAUGCGCAGAAGGCAUUCCACCUCUUACCCUCUGACAAGGCGAUCCUCUACAACAUCGCCAUGAUCCAACAGAAGGCGGCUGAGAUGCUGAUAUCGGUGCCCCCUGCGAAGCGCUCCCUCAAGGAGUUGCAGCACGCCAUCGAGCAGGCAGGCCAUGCACAGAAGCUAUUCACGUCUCUCGCCGCGGACAAAUCGUCUGUGGUGCCGUACAACCGCGACAUCGCCGACCAGCGGCGGAAGUACGGUGAUAACAUGCUGCGGCGGUGCGACGAGCAUCUCGCAACACAGAAGCAGUGGGAGGAAGAGGCGCAAGCCAAGCUCGAGGCUGCGCGACAGAAGCGGCAGGAGGAGAAGCAGCGGCUGGAAGCGCUAGAGCGUGAACGUCUAGAGGAGCUGCGCAUACAGGCGGAGAAGCUGGCAGAGGAGCGCCGAAUAGCGCGGGGACAGGCGUUGGAGUGGACUCGCGAGGUGAAGCAAGAGAGCGACGAUGAGCGUGAGCGGAAGGCGAAGAAGACAUCGAGCCGGCGCUCGCGUCCCGAGGGCGGAAGCGGGGACGAGGCGGGCGAGCCGAGGAAGCGGAGGCGUAAGCUCCGAAGGGGGGAUGGCGCUGGGGAUGGCGAUGAGGCACUGUUCAGCGGAGAGGAGGAGACCAGGCCGACGCGAAAGCGGACGGGCAAGAAACGGACGGUCAGAGAUGACGAUGACGAUGAGGAAACUGUGGUUCCUCGGAAACGCCAACAAUUCAAAAGUAAAGAAUACAUAUCGGACUCCGACGAAGAGAUGUCAUGA